CGUUUCGGACGGAAACGCGACGGGAGAGUGCUAAGUCGACGCGGCGAUUCGAAUCGAGCGGCUCCUGGCUAUUCCAGGGCCGACGGCCUCGUGGGCGCCCGGCGCCACCGGGCUACGAUUUUCAUCCUCCUCGUGUUCUCUGCGCCCCUCUUCCCCCGGGAAAAUACUUCUCGCCGUGACUUCGGAGAUGUGCCCGCCGCGGAGAUCGUCCGUCUCGUUCGCUCUCCUCGCGGGGAGGUUACGGAGCGAGAGAGAGAGAGAGAGAGAGAUGCGAAAGAAUCUAUUGGAUAUACUUUUGCAAGGAAACUGUGCAGAGAGGAUGUACUCGGAUGCCUGUCAUUGACUUCGUCGACUAGAUUUUGUUAUCAGAUCGCAUUGGGAGAUUUCAGUUAAAUGGGACCGAAGUGAUAUAUCGUUACACCGGCUUUCUGUAUAAUAAUGGAGACAGUGGGAACCAACCCAUUGCAUAUUAAUGAGUCUAAUACGCUGUCCUCUGGGCACUUGUGCACUAACCAAGAUCUUUCUGAAAUAACGAGAGAGAAAGAGGAGGAACUAUUGUACGGAGCCGAAGAUGACGGCGACGAGGAAGAAACCCUCUCCGAUGAUAGUUUACGUUUGAGACUCUCCGAUGAUGAGGCUGAUCUUGAUGAACUCGGCACUGUUGACGUUCAGCAAUGUGAAUUGCAGACUGAAAAGUCUGAGCCAGCUGUUGAAGCUUUCACAGACUCUCCGGUUGAGGAAAUUCCCCUGCAGCUGAAUAGUCAGAGUUCAGAAACUGAACGGUGCGAAACAGUGGGCAUUGAAAAUUCCACUUCGGAAGAGGAUCAGCCAAGUAGCCCUUCUCCGGAUAAUAACUCACUGACUGAUCAGAAGUUCUAUGCUGAGGACGAAAAGAUGAAUAUGAGUGGAAAUGGCCUAAGAGGGCCUUCGAUAGCUCAUCAUUCAAGUCCAAUGCGUCCAGGACAUGAGGGUCGGUGGAGAUUUCCUGGACCUUCCCGUGGGAGGCCUUACCAGAAUGUUAGGCCUCCGUUCCCCCCAAGACAUCACUACUAUCAGCCAAAGACAUUUUACCCCAAUGAGGAGCACUACAACUCCAGAUACUAUAAUCAGUACAGCUGUCGAAGAAACAGGUACGCCCCGCCAUACAGACAUCCUGUCACGGAGCGAACCCAGCAGAUCGGGGAGAAGACAAGCUCCAAAUGCUAUCCGUUGGCCAAGCCAGCUGAGUUGGCAAAGAAUUCCAAGCCAGCUGCAACUGGUGAGAAGACAUCUGGAGUAGAAAUCUGUAGUAUGAAGCCUGCCGAUUUGAAUAGUACAAAAAGUCUGGUUAAGGAAGAAUCCGAAGAAAAUGUAAAGUGUGAGAAACCUGUAGAGGUCUUGCUUGCAACGGAUAAUAAAAAUCUUGUCCUUUCAAAUGGGCCGUGUAAGCAGAAAAGUUCCACUACAGAGAAUCUUAAGAAAGUCACGAUUGAUGUUAAAGGUCCUCAAGAAGACCAGGAUUCGGGGGAUAAAAAUAAAGAUGUUACUGUAGGGUGCAAGGAGUCUGUGUUGCAAGAAAAUUUUGAAGCAAAGAUUAAGCCAGAGCAUAAGUUUCAAAAUGAUGGUAAUGCAGUUCCUUCAGAAAAUGUUGGUAUCACUAGCGAUAACUGUCAAGCUCCUUUGGAUGAAUUAAUGCCCACUGGGAGCGAUGAAGUCAAGACAGGGAGGCAAGAACACUCUGCUGGCAACUCUUGUGAUUUUAAUAGUGGACAAAUCGUUUUAGUUCCUUCAUAUGAAGAUUUCGAGAACCAGGAUUCAAAUAACCUUGAGAAGCUGUCUGAAGUUCCGCAAAAUAAGGUUGAUUUAGAUUUGGAGGCAUCUAAAGACUUUUAUGAUAGUAAUGAGUUAACGACAUCAGAGGUUGCUGAAUUCUGUGAGGCUGACAACAGGCCUGAGGAUGGUCAAAGAUGUAGUAAGUCUGAAGAGAGUGAACAGAACGAUAGAAAUUCUUCAGUCACGGAUGAACAAUCAGUUCAGAAAGGAGUUUGUAAAGAGGAGAGUGAUGAGAACGGCAGACCAGUUGAAGAGAUGUCGAGUCCAGAAAAAAUAGAUCCAAGAGAAGACACGGAAGCUGACGAAGAAAUGUUACUGCAGACAGAUGACGAGCAAGAAAAUAUUCCAGGGACUAGAGAAGGAGUGUUGGAAGAAGAAGUAGAUUCUACUUUAAAGGCACAAGAAACAUCGGAACUGAUAACAACAGAUGUAAUCGUAGAGCCCAUGGAAACGUCAAACACGAUGGAAGAUUGUGAAAAGUUGCUUGAGACUGCGAGGGUGGUACAGGAAGAGUUUGGUACACGUGAGAAUAUCCAUGAAGAGGACAACGAUAAAAAUUCUGCCAUGGAUACUUCUGUUAAACAAGCUACUGUUAUCGACAAUAAUAGUUGCAAAACUUUUAGUGAUACUACUGUGAAACAAUCGGAAGCAUUGCAGGACAUAUCAAAAGGUUUAGUGGACACGAAGACUGACGAAGAUUCGAUACGUCCAAAUUUGGAGGUUUCGGAACUACUGGUUAAGAAGGAAACUACGGUCGAUGGUGAUGCUACUCUUGAGGAAACUGCAGCUCAUAGAAUAAAGAUUGGAGAGGUGCAAAAAUUAAAGAAAACUAUGGAUGAGGCUUCAAAUGAUUCCUCACUUGAAAAGGAAGAAGGAAAAGCUUCUCUCUCGACACUGCCUGAAUCGAUAUGCGAAGCUAAAAUUGAUGAAACUGUCUUGAGUACCACAGAGAAGACAGGUGCAAAUGAUAUUAUUAAUCUCGAUCCUGAUGUACAGACAAAUAAUUUAUUACAGACUGACGACAGCAAUAUUUUAAGUGACAAAGAAUUAAAAAUAGAAAAAACUGCUGAUGCAAGUGAUGGUGCAAAACGAGACAAGAGUAUCCUGAAACACAUAUUGUUAUCGACGACACUACUGCAGCCCCAGAGUUCAGACACUAUUGAUAAGAACAUUAAAAACAUAAGUCCUGGGGAAAGUGUUGAUUUGAAUACUUCGAAUAAACCUUGCUUAGGGUCCACUGAAACUCUAGAGCUAUCCGAUGAUGAGGAUGGCAUUCUUGUCAAGGACAAUGCGGAACUCUCAUUAAAAGUCUUUGAUAAGAGUGAAACCGAUCAUAUUAAGCAGUCUCAAAAGACUGUCAUUAUGGAUGGUACUAAAAUUCAGCCUCGUCCAGAAGCAGCUUCUUCAUCUACUUUAACAGUGAAUGAAAAGAAAGUGCCGACUGAAAAGGAGAAGGAAAAAGAACAAGCACAAUCUUUGUUAACCGGUGCCGACUUGUCAGGUGAUGAUAGCGACGUCAAGAUGGAAUCUUCGAACAAGGAAGGGCCAAUUUGCAGCGAAAUGAGGGAUAUGAAAAAAAUGUCAAGCUCUACAGAGAGCAUGGCCUCCUCGGACGAGGAUAAUUAUUUCUUAACUAAUAGUGGUGUUAAGGUUGGCAGCGACGUUACCAUCAUGAAGAUUGCAAAGAGCAAUCCCAUAGAUGAGUCGACGUCGAAGCAGGUCAGUACCAGUAAGAGAAGAUCUCUAAGCCCUUUAGAGGGUAACACCGUCUCUGCCAAAAGACCCACAGACUGUACAGACAGCUCCAUAAACGAAGACAGCCUGAGGAGUUCUCCAAAGACUGUGGACAAUAAACAAAAUGAGAUUAGUGACGACGACGUUCAGGAAGUGACAGGUGAUCGAAGUGUUAGUAUCACUAAAGUAUCCAGUGGUGAAUUCUCCAAGGGCGAUUCCAGUCAAGCCCUGACCUCUGCAGGGUCUAGUGACGGUGCAGUGCAAAGUGAUCCCAAGACCAGCCUCGAAGAUGCUUCCAAGACGGACAAUUCGGAAGACACUUCGAGGGCCAAGUCUGGACCGCAGAGGAGAUCGAAGCGCACCAAGAGCACGUCUCAUAAGAGCGUCGAGGAGGAUACUCAGGAUCCGCCUUCCACUUCGGAGAAUGUACCGAGGCAAAAGAGGAAGCGCAGGACCGCGAGGACCGCCGAGGAGAUGAUCCGGAAGUACAACAAUGACAGUGAUCUAGAGUCCAGUGACAGUCUGGACAAGUUCGUCGCUGUCAAGUUGAAGAGCAACAGCAGUGCCAGGCCGACCUCUCCUCCAGCCUUGAAGAGGAACCUCGAGGACGACGAUGACGGGUCCGGCAGAAACAACCCGAAGAAAAUGCGGAUCCUUCCCGAGCCGGAGAGAAACGCGUCCGAAAGGCCGGAGUACCCGAACAGCGCUUUCCAAGAGUCGAUCAAGUCGCUCAGCUUCGUUAAGAGGUUCUUCCUGAGGGACGCUAAGGAUAAACUGGCGAAACUCAAGCAAGAAGAGGUGGAAGAGCUGCUCAUCCAGAAACUAGUGGAGACGAUAACUAUGAGAGCCGAGAUAGGGAUGCUCCGCGAGCAGGUGCGAAUCUCGGAAAAGAACCAGGAGGCGACCCGAGCUCGCUGCCAACUCCUAGCGAAGCAAGUUAAGGACUUCGAGAUGGUCUUGACCCGGAACGCUGCCGAUCGACGAGCAAACAACGAUCGACCGGUUCCUCCCAUCAAGAUCAAUCGCUCGGUCGGGCUGCAAGUCAACUUCAUCGGGGACCACACGAUCCAGAGUCUACGGCAGAUAAUGCAGAAUUCAGCCACGAAGCCGACCGCUAUCGUGAACUGCGUAUCCUCGGCGGCGAACACGGAGGCUGCGGCGAACGGGAUCAAUCAGAAGAGAGGAAUAAAAGUUCGAUCACCGAGACGCACGGACGCCCCGCCGAUUACGAUGACCACUCCUCCUAUGCAGACCGGUCAGUUGCAAACUUCGCCACAGAUGGCGGUGACGCCCGCUGCCCUGGUCAUGUCCAAGCCAAUCGAAGCCCAGCAGUCGAUUUCCCUGCAGACCUCGACCAACGCCAUGCCCGCAAUACUGCCUAAGCCUAAUACCAGUCCCCUCACGACAAUGGUACGUGCUACUGGAAACGAAUAUCUUUUAUAUAUAACCACUGAACACAAAACCUAACAGUUACGUAACUUAAAACUAACAAAUAACAUAACGUUUGUUACAAUGUAAUAAGCUAACAGUUACGUAACAUAGAGCUAACUAGUUAAAUGAC